UUCUGAAGUCGCGUUUGAUUCGUCAUUCAGUUGCGCGACGCUCGUCUUUUUGCGUCAUUUCCUGUUACGCCGUCCGGCGUCUCCAACGGCCUGCUGAACAACAUGCCCAAGUUUUACUGCGAUUACUGCGAUACAUACCUCACCCAUGACUCUCCAUCUGUGAGAAAAACACACUGCAGUGGCAGAAAACACAAAGAGAAUGUGAAAGACUACUAUCAAAAGUGGAUGGAAGAGCAGGCUCAGAGCCUGAUUGACAAAACAACCGCUGCAUUUCAACAAGGUAAAAUUCCUCCUACUCCAUUCUCUGCUCCUCCUCCUGCAGGGGCUAUGAUCCCACCUCCACCAAGUCUCCCGGGUCCUCCUCGCCCUGGUAUGAUGCCUGCACCCCAUAUGGGAGGCCCUCCCAUGAUGCCAAUGAUGGGCCCUCCUCCUCCUGGGAUGAUGCCUGUAGGACCAGCUCCUGGAAUGAGGCCACCAAUGGGAGGCCACAUGCCAAUGAUGCCUGGGCCCCCAAUGAUGAGACCUCCUGCCCGUCCCAUGAUGGUGCCCACUCGGCCUGGAAUGACUCGACCAGACAGAUAAGGAGAGAGAAGAACUUCUUUCAGUUUUUAUUACUUAUUGUACUUCACCAGGAGGUCAUGGUGCUGUGACUCUGGGUGUUUUCUGCCAGCAUGGCAAGGAAGAUUUGAUCCUCCUUCCUAUCGAAGAGAAUAGUUUUGGAGUAAGAGGGACAAAAAAAAAGUGAUUUUUGUUUGUAUUGUGAAAAUAAACAACAACAUUUUUAGUUAACAGUU